AUGCGUCUUAAUGGAGUCUUGCCCAUUGAAGAUAAUUUCGAAGUUUGCAAAGCUUUCAAUUGUACUCAUAACGAAAGAUGUUGUUACGAAGUAUCUCUUACGAAGAUGAUGCUACAAAAAUGUCUUCCUCCAUCUUCUUGCGACUUUCUCUUCACUAAUUUCCUCCAAUUGUCUGCCAACCUUUUCUGUUAUGGUUUAAGCAGCAAAAGUCAUAAAGUACUUGCACAUCAAGAGAAUAAUUCAACAUCUACACAACUGUCAAUACAAUGA